AUGUCGUCACCAGCAGAUCAUCAGCCAUCAAGGAAGCCAAUGAAGGAAGCUCCCAUCCCAAGGCCAAGUUCAAGCGUCCUCUUGAUCUCCCCAACGAAUCAGAUCCUACUCCUCCACCGCGUCAAGAAAGCGUCGAGCUUCGCCUCCGCACACGUCUUUCCUGGCGGCGCCUUGUCGAAAACCCAUGAUGGCGCCAUCCCCGAUGUGAACGACGCUGGAAGACACCAAGAUGGCCCAGCAUACCGGCUUGCCGCAAUCCGCGAGACGUUCGAAGAGUGUGGCAUCUUACUGGCUAAGGGCAAAACAAGCGGAAAGCUCUUCACAGAGAUCAGUGAUGAAGAAAGAGAAGAGGGCCGCCGCGCUGUUCACGCUGGCACCGUCAAGUUUGGGGACCUGCUCGAGAAAUGGGGCGCCCUCCCAGACACCGACAGCUUGAUUCCCUUUACGCGCUGGAUAACGCCGCCGAACGUGCCCAAGCGCUUCUCAACUCAGAUGUACGUCUACUUCCUGCCCCUCAACUCCGCCUCGCCCACCAAGAAAGCCGCGCCAAUAGGCACACCACCCGGCUCCGGCGUGGAAGAAGAGGACGAACUCGUGAUUCCAAACCCUACACACGAUGGUGGCAUCGAACACACAGCCGCUCGCUUUCUGCCACCGAACAAAUGGAUCGAUCUAGCCAGACAGAACAGGAUCAUCCUCUUUCCACCGCAGUUCUUCCUUACCCUUCUCCUCGCUCCCUACCUCUCCGCCAGCGUCAUAUCGCCCUCGUCGCCCACGCCGUCAAUCUCGGAGCUUGCUCUCGAGCGUGAGAAGUUCAUGGACUUCCUUCACAAGCCACGCACAUACGAUGGCCAGCCCGAGGUCUCGUUUGGCGAAGCAUGUAUAUCGCCCAUCGUUCUAGGUAAGGGAGAGUACGGCGAAAAGUCGCAGGACGGCGUUGGUGGUGUGGACAAUAACACAGCCGUCCUUGUGCUGGACCGGCCAGGCAAGGAAGUUGAGGCGCAGGGAUUGGGGCGGAAAGGAAUCCGAGAGUGGGUUGUCACUACAAAAUUCAAAAGGGCGGGGCCGAGAGAUGUGGAUGUUAGGCGUCGAGAGGAGGUUAUUGGAACAGCCAAGGAGAAGCUGUAG